AUGCCAGAUUGUUUGAAAGUGAUGGACUCUCCAGUGCUGCUAUCGCUCGAGGAGAUUUACUCUGCAGAGUUUGGUGCGAAAGUGCGAAACACCUUCCUGCAAUUUCCCGACACUCCGGAAGACAGCGAGAACGAAGCUCAGGCCGUGAGUGCUCAGGAGCUGAAAGUCGCACUGAAGAGAUCCUUCUCAGCUCCUGCUCUGGUGGCGAAGGCGAAAGCAGAAGCAGAAAUCGCAGACAGGUCUGCCACGUGGGNNCUCAUGCCCAGUGCGCUAUCUCAAACUUCUCUCGCAGCGUAUUCGGAGAGGCCUGGGAACGAGUCCCAACUGCAGCUUCACAACCAGGGUCUCUGCAAGCCGUGCCGGUUCUUCGCCUUGCGUCCAGAAGGCUGCACCCGGGGAGCCUUGUGCACAUUUUGCCACUACUGCACAUCGAAGACGGCCAAGGAGAGCAAGAAGGAGGCCAAGCGCUUCCGAAAGGCUGAGACCAGGUUCCGAAGUGACCCCGGCACCAGCAGCUGUUAG